GUCCAAACAGAGUUAAACGGCAGUAAACAGACGGAGGAGCGGCAGCACAUCAAAUUAAAAGAAGAAGAAGAGAAAGAAGGAGGAAGAAGAAGAAGCACAGCGUUCAUGUAGCAGGAGAACAAACAGCUGAGCUCAGAUGUGAGCAGCAGGUGAAGCUCUGCAGGGAUCUCCAGGAUCUGAUCCUGCUUUGAGGAGAUCUGCCCUGGGUUCUGAUGUCCAUCCAGAGCAGCUGUGUGGGGUCACAGAGGAAGACGAGGGAGGAGGAAGGCAGUUCAUAAAAUGAUUCAACCAAAGGAGGAAUAUGAAGAUAUAGAGCCUUGUGGAGUGAAAACCGAAGAAGUUCUCACCAUGAAUCCUAAAGAAGAGGAGGAGGAAGAGACGAGAGGUUCAGAGCACAAGCGUCACUACUGCAGGGAGUGUGGGAAGAGCUUCAGCGUGCGAGCGCGCUUCAGACGACACAUGCGCAUACACACCGGAGACAAGCCCUACCGCUGCUCACACUGCCAGCUGUGCUUCACGUCUCAGGAGAACCUGUCCGAGCACGCACAGAAGCACUCCGGCCAGAGACCCCACCGCUGCUCGCAGUGCGGCAAGGGCUUCUUCAGACCGGGGAGGCUGGAGAUCCACCGGAGGAUCCACAGCGGAGAGAAGCCCCACGGCUGCGCUCAGUGUGAGAAGAGCUUCAAGAGCGGCGAGGAGCUGCGGCGGCACACGCUCACACACACGGAGAAGCAGCACCACUGCUGCCAGUGCCAGCAGAGCUUCAGGAGGAGCGGCCAUCUGCGCAGACACAUGCGCACACACACCGGAGAGAGGCCCUACGGCUGCGCUCAGUGCCAGAGGAGCUUCGCCCGGCCCGAGCACCUGCGGGGCCACCAGCUCCGAGUCCACCCGAGCCAGACGCACCGGCCCGCUGCACACACCUGAGCGCUCACUGCGGCUUUACCUUCAGUGCUGAAACACCGGCACUGCAUCUCCAGUUGGCCUUGAUGUAAAACUCUGGGUACAUGGGAAGAGGUUUCUAUGCAAACAAUACAAAUCUAUCAAAAACUGGUACAGUUGUUUGAGUGAAAAAAGAGAUUCAUCUGAUUUGGGUUACCUGGUGGUAUUAUAAAUGGCUUUUAUUUGCAUUAUAAAAACGGAGAAUCCUUUUUAUUACCGUAUUGUCCCGAAUAUAAGACGAUGUUUUUUUCUUGGAAAUACAUCUGAAAAAACGCGGUCGUCUUAUAUUCGGGGUCUAGACUUUGGCAUGUCAAUAAUACACCCACAACAAUAGGUGGCGCCAAAAACGCAUAUAACGAGUGUGCCAUGAAAUAUGUAUUGUAAUGUGCGUUGUAAAGUCGUGACUGUCAUGUUAGCCUAAUGGGACCAAACUUCCUCUGUAAGUGAUUUUAAAACAUAAGACAGUACCCAGAUUUGAAGACUACAAUAAGAUUUCACGUCUACUGAUAAUAACAUUUUGGUAUGCUACUAUGAGAUGGACAGCCUAAAUGUUAUUUAAUUCAGAUGGACUACCUGUUAUUUCUAUGGCAUAUCAAAAAGUGUAUAUUUUUCAAUGUCAUUGUUGGUACAUUUUACCAGUAUUUACCAUACUUUCAAAACAAAAAUUAAAAUAGGAAAAAUAUGCAAUUUGAAAAUAAUUUAAGAAAAAAAUUUGUUUUACAGAGAGAAAAUUAAUAUAGUUAAGAGUAAAUAUGAUGGGCAGCUUGCAUGUUUUGGAAGGCACUAUGAAUGCUGAAAGGUGUAUAUAAAGGUUUUAGAGAAACGUAUGCUCCCCUCCAGACGACAUCUAUUUCAGCAAGACAAUGCAAAACCACAUACUGCAGCUAUUACAACAGCAUGGCUUCGUAGUAGAAGAGUCCGGGUGCUGAAUUGACCUGCCUGCAGUCCAGAUCUUUCACCUACAGAGAACAAUUGAUGCAUCAUUAAACAAAAAAUACGUCAAAGACGACCACGAGCUCUUCAGCAGCUGGAAACCUAUAUCAGGCAAGAAUGGGACCAAAUUCCAACACCAAAACUCCAGAAACUCAUAACCUCGAUGCCCAGACAUCUCCAAACUGUUUUGAAAAGAAGAGGAGAUGCUACACCAUGAUAAACAUG